CUCACAUCACUAAUCGACUGUACUGCUAUCGGCAUGGACAUGUAAAAGCGUUGCCAGAUCUGAUUCAGCUGUUAUAUAUUAUUCUUCCUAAUUCAAUUUCCUGCAAUAUAUUUGAAUCUACAAAAUGUCCUUGACCCCGGCCAGUGGUAUUGGCCGCUUUUAUAAGCAAUCAGCCAAAAUCAUUCGUUUCGUUCGGCAGGGCUGCACCAAUCGACCAUUUUAUCACAUUGUUGUCAUGGAGCGACGCAAAAACCAACAUCAGCCAGUGAUUGAACAAGUAGGAUCCUACGAUCCCCUGCCCAAUGAUUUCAAUGAGCGACUAGUGGCCCUCAAUACAGAACGCAUCCGUUUCUGGCUGGGAAAGGGAGCACAUCUCUCAGUGCCGGCUGCCGAGUUGCUGGGCAUUGCUGGUCUCCUGCCAAUACAUCCACGGACCUACAUGACCGCUUGGCGUAACCGUCGAAAAGCUGCCGAUGAGGCGCAAGCUGAAGCUACUUCUUCUUAGUUCAAAUAAAGGAAAAACACGUUGAGUUUUAAUUGUACAACAA